AUGGCUCUCAAGAGAAUCAACAAGGAGCUGACAGAUCUCGGUCGUGACCCUCCCUCUUCAUGCUCAGCAGGACCUAUCGGCGAUGAUCUGUUUCACUGGCAAGCGACUAUCAUGGGACCCGGUGAUAGCCCAUAUUCGGGAGGUGUCUUCUUCCUCGCCAUACACUUCCCUACCGACUAUCCAUUCAAGCCUCCGAAGGUGAACUUUACUACGCGCAUCUACCACCCGAACAUCAACUCCAACGGUAGCAUAUGCCUCGACAUUCUGCGAGACCAGUGGAGUCCAGCUUUGACCAUCUCAAAAGUGCUUCUCUCCAUCUGCUCCAUGCUCACAGACCCCAACCCUGAUGAUCCUUUGGUACCUGAGAUCGCCCAUGUUUACAAGACAGACCGUUCGAGGUACGAAUCGACAGCGAGGGAAUGGACUAGAAAGUAUGCCAUCUAG